AUGAAGACCUCAUUUGCAAUCCUCACCUUUGCCCUUGCUUCCUUUAGCCUGGCUGCCCCUUCCGAAAGGCGACAGAGUCAGACUAGCUUUACUAUCUGCAAAGAGAAGAAAUGUGAGGGAGACAUCAACCAGCGCAAAACUAUUGAUGUUAUUCAUGGGCAAUGCCAAAAUUUUCCCGAGGGCUGGAACAACACUGCCCGCGCCACUAUUGCGAACGGAGGUGACUCCUGCUUCCUCCAUGAUGGGAACUGCGGUUCCGAGGGUGCCACAAUUCCCGUGGGCCUUCGUGAGGAUGACCUCGAGCAGCGCGGGUUCGACAGAAUUGCAAGUUCUGUCACCUGCGUUCGAUCGGCAAAAUUGAAGCGUCAGGUUGAUACCACCGUCUUGCUUUGCAAGGAGAAGAGAUGUGCGGGACCCGCAUCUUCGCAAAUCUCCGUCGAUCUUGCUUUCGAACGAUGCUAUAACUUCACUCCUGCCUUUGACAACCAGGUCAUCGCCGUCAAGGCCAAUAGCAACGCAGUCUGCUUCCUCCAUGAGGGACCUUGCGACGAUCCACGCCUAGGUGUCAGGUUUGAGGGCCAGGUCGAUGAUUUGACGCAGAACAUCAUUGGCACGACCUCGAGCUCUAUUACCUGCUACGAUAAGAACGUCAUCAACCCUCCCCAGUAG